GUUGGACAAAAGGAACGGAACGGAAUCUCCCGCGUUUCUCGUAAGAUGUAAACAUUUAUAUGGAUUCAUUGAUAUUUUGUGUAUUAUUCGUGCGUCUGCACAAUGAAUAUUCUGACGUCUGUCCUGAGGCGUGAGGAAGGUUUUGGAGCUUUAAGCGAUUAUGACAUCGCAUUGCGUCGCUUAAAAUGUUACCAAGAUGACGUAUAUUGUGGGAUAUCUCCAAGUCUUGAUACACCAGAUUUUAAUCCAGAACCACCAGUGUUUGCAUGCAAAUUCAGCACAGCAAGUAAUAACGAGCACGUACUUGCAUUGGCUAACGAAGAUGGAAAAAUAGCCUUUCAAAACACAGCCAUCAAAGGAAAUUUUAACGAAAGACUAGAGGGAAUGCAGGCUCAUUACAAUGCGAUUUUUGAUGUUGCCUGGAUGCCGGGUGAAAUGAAGCUGGUCACAGCAUCCGGAGACCACACAUCCAAACUCUGGGACGUAUCACAAGGAGAAAUCAAACAGAUGGAGUCCUUUCAAGCCCAUACAAGAAGUGUUAAAACUGCAGUUUUUCGUCAUCAAGACAAAGCCGUUUUUGCAACCGGAGCUCGAGAUGGUGCCAUUAUGAUAUGGGAUAUCAGAGCAAACCAUACACACUAUCCCAAACCGGACAACUGUAUAUACAACUCGCACAGCAUGGUGUCUGCAGGCGGGACAAAAUCACGAAGAAGACAUACCCAAGCUUCGCGCACCCACAGUAUUACCAGCCUUGUUUUUCAGGAUGAUUUCACACUGAUAUCUUGUGCUGCUGGUGACGGAAUCAUAAAGGUAUGGGACCUUCGAAAGAAUUAUUCGUCGCACAAAAGGGACCCAGUCGCAAAAAAUAUAUUACAAUAUACUGGUGGAGGUUCAAGAAACGGUUUUACAUCGUUACUUGUUUGCCCUGCAGGCAUUAUACUGUAUGCCAGUUGCAUGGAUAACAUUAUCUAUGCAUACAACAUAGGCACAUGUAAUCCCAAACCAGUUGCAGAAUUCUACGGACAUCAAAAUUCAACCUUUUAUGUCAAAUCCUGCUUAAGCCCAGAUGGCCGUUACCUUGCCAGUGGAUCUAGUGACGAAUUGGCAUACAUUUGGAAUACCAACAGACCAGGACGCCCAUUGGUUAAACUUUCAGGGCAUACCGCUGAAGUGACUUGCAUUGCGUGGUGCAACAUCGGCGAAACAAAAAUCGUUACUUGUUCUGACGACUCCAGGCAUAGAUUAUGGCGAGUGGGUUUGGAACAUAAAGGUGAUAAUUCAGAAAUAGAAAUACAAGGAGAGGCGAACCCAGUACCAAUUGAAGAUGCUCUGAGUCAUCUCGUCGGUGGCUUGGAAACGACGCCAACUCUAUCUCGCCAAUGGGUUCAUUGUCAAGAGCAUACUCCUGGAUCUGAUACUACUAUUGGUCCUUCUUCAGGUCCUCCAAGUUCUACUGAAUCUGUUGAAAGUUACAACUCCUGUGAAAAAAAGGCUCUGACGACAUCGGCCAAGAGGCGAUAUUCACAAAUGACAGCUGAUGAUCUAAGAUGUAAAUUCAAAUCAGUUUUAUCGCCGGUUGAAGAAAAUCUUGAAGGCGGUAGUGCGAAACGUCCGCACUUAGAAAACAGGGGAGCUCGAAGACUAUUCAGCUCAGCGAGCGAGUGCGGGCGAAGACUCAGUGCAAAUUAUGACUCUGAUGAACCUGGACCAAGUUCGUCUACAAUAAACGAUCGAACUAACAAUGAAGUUUCGUUUUCUCCGACUCUAAAUCUGCCCAAUUACGUCAUAGACGGAACUGCACCGCACUUGCUACAAAUAUCCCCACAAAAAUACAAGGAAAACGUUGACUGGUUAACAAAAAUACGUAAAGAAAAAUUCGAACAGAAAUCGAAAACUGGUAUAAGAGAAUUGACUAGUCCCAAAGCAACAACCGCGACGGCAGCACGGCGCUCGGGAAGAUCACGGUCAACAGAGCCACGGAAAACAAUUAAAGAACCUUCCCUCCUUAAUUUCUUCAGAGUAUCAGGCAAGGAAUGCGACAAGGAACUUGCCUUUACAAGUGCCAAUUUAAUUUCUUCACAAUCUGUGCCAGUGCCAUGCGAUGACGCGAAGCAGAAAAUAGAAACGAAAAACGCUUUAAGCUGAAACCAGUGACAGGUCUGAGAUCAUCUUUAAUGAAAUAUAAGAACAUGGACAUUACAGUACAGUGAAAUGCUCUAACCCAAUGCUUUUUUGUACAAAAUUGCCAGUAUUAUUGCGUAAAAUUUUUUUCGUGAUACAUCAAGUAUCUGUUGGACCUGAUCAUAAUGCUCUGCUUAAACUCAGGUUGAACCACUAUUUUAUUUCUUACCCAUUAUAAUAUUAGCAGCUAAUAUUUUUUCUAUCACUAAUACCGGUAUGUUUGUGCUGAUUUUGUACGAAUCUUUUAACUUGUAGGAUAUUGUGAACUUCGAGAAUAAUUUGGAGGUACUAUUCAUAUCAAUAUACACAUAGGCAUAAAAUCUCAUUUAAGACUACUCUACAAUGCCUAAAAUGAAAAACAUUGUAAUGAAAAUGCCCGUUCAACGAAAUUGUUAGGUUUGUUGUUGUAAAUAGUCAUACAUUAUUUUUUAUACGAAAAAAUUAUUUCAAAUACAA